AUGGUUUCUCAGACGCUAGUCAACAAGCAUACGGAGCAUGCAUUUACGUUCGAUCCACUUACACGAAUGGGCAAUCUGAAUGUCAUUUGCUGUGUUCUAAGUCAAGAAUCGCACCUCUUAAAACAUUAUCUAUUCCUCGACUCGAGCUUUGUGGAGCUUUAUUGCUGGCACAACUUACCAACAAGCCGUCAGUGGACACCAUUUGUAGCGAAUCGUGUAGCUGAAAUACAGCGACUUACAAAUAUUGACAGUUGGAGACAUGUGUCUAGUCAGGAUAAUGCUGCCGACCCACUUUCCAGAGGUAUCAUGCCCAACUUAUUAUCCGAGCUAGAUCUGUGGUGGCACGGGCCAUUUUGGUUGAAAUGCGAUAAUGAUGAAUGGCCUUCUGAGAAUUUCCACACAUCGGAUGUAGAGAUGCCGGAAAUGAGACUAACAGCAAUGGUAAUUGAGAUGGGCAAUAAACCAUCGGAGGAAGAGGUUGAUAAGGUUCAGCCCUUGUCUAUGAAAGAAUUAGAACGGUCAAGGGUAUCAUUAGUAAAAAUGAUCCAACAUGAUUUCUUUAAAACAGAGCUGCAUUCGCUCAGAAGUCAUGGUUACGUAGCAAAAAAUAGCAACAUCCUAAAUCUAAAUCCAUUUAUUGAUGCACAUGGCAUCUUAAGAGUCGGUGGUCGUUUGAGACACGCUAUUGUUUCCUAUGACCAUAAGCAUCCCGUUUUAUUGCCGGGCAAGCAUGCGUUCACACGAUUGAUUAUUAUAGACGAACACGAACGUCAAUUGCACGCCGGAGCCCAAGCCACAUUGUCGGCAAACCGUCAAAAUUACUGGCCGACGUCGUCGGCUCGAAGUGUAAUUCGUAGCGUAAUAAAGAAAUGUACGACGUGCAUACGUAACACGCCAAAGUUAGGCGCAACUUUGAUGGCGGAUUUACCCGAAACACGAGUAAAUAUAGCGAAGUAUGUAUUUAAAAAAUGCGGCGUCGAUUAUGCGGGACCACUGUGGUAUAAGGAAGUGGACGUCCCACGGAUAUGUACGGACAACGGUUUAAAUUUCAUCGGAGCUAAUCGUGAACUUAAUGAACUGUACGACUUAUUCAAUAAUGAGGUUGUUAAGCAAAAAAUUGGUAAUUUCGCGACAUCCGAAAGGAUGAAUUGGCAUUUUAUUCCGCCUAGGUCUCCACACAUGGGUGGUUUAUGGGAGGCCGCCAUUAAAAGUGCUAAAUUUCACUUGAAACGCAUCGUCGGUGAGGCUUCGCUAAAAUAUCAAGAAUUAAACACGGUACUGAUACAGAUUGAAGCGGUAUUAAAUUCGAGGCCACUUACACCUUUAUCAAACGAUCCUAAUGACUUCAAUGCACUCACACCAGCACAUUUUCUGAUCGGAUGUCCAAUUACAACGUAUCCAGAACCUAGCCUUAAGGAAUUGCAAACAAAUAGGCUAUCUCGGUGGCAGCGAGUGGAACAACUACGGCAACAUUUCUGGCAGCGUUGGGUAAAGGAAUAUCUUCACAACUGUCAAUCUCGGGUUAAAUGGAAUGAAAAAACUGAUCCUAUCAAGGUGGGACAAAUGGUGAUAUUAAAGGAAGAUAAUUUACCACCCUUGUGUUGGAGUCUAGGCCGAAUCGAGCAAGUCUAUCCGGGAAAGGAUAAUAUUAUUCGCGUUGUUUCUGUGUGA